AUGACUGUGGUGAACGAAUGGAUGGCGGGGGACGAAAUUCGGGGGGUGGGUGCAAAGAUGCCGGGAGUCGCGCCGCCUCGUAUUGGUCAUUGUCGCCAUCGCACUCCUCUUGGACAACAUGCUGCUCACCACCGUCGUACCCAUCAUUCCAGAGUUCUUGUACGACAUCAACCACCCCGAAGCUCCUUUGGGUCCGGUAAGGGCAACCCCUUCGACUACCACAACAACCUUUCCUCCAUGUCCUUGUUUGUAUAAUCAAACGACUACGAGCUAUCCAAUGACGACAACGUCAUCAAACAUGGAAAACUAUAAUUAUUCCACACUAAGUCCAGAGGACGAAGAAAGGAGGUUGAGGCAUAAAGAUUUGGUGCAAGAGACCGUGCAAGUGGGAAUAAUGUUUGCCUCGAAGGCAUUUGUGCAGUUACUGGCCAAUCCUUUCGUUGGACCCUUAACUCACAAAAUUGGCUACAGUAUUCCCAUGUUUGCAGGAUUCGUAAUAAUGUUUUUGUCUACAAUAAUAUUCGCAUUUGGUAGAAGCUAUAGUGUUCUAUUUAUCGCAAGAGCCCUACAGGGUGUUGGUUCUUCUUGUUCGAGCGUAUCUGGUAUGGGCAUGUUAGCAGAACGAUAUCCGGAUGACAAGGAGCGAGGCAACGCCAUGGGUAUUGCAUUGGGUGGACUGGCGCUUGGAGUGCUGAUUGGACCGCCGUUCGGUGGGGUCAUGUAUGAAUUUGUGGGGAAAUCAGCACCGUUUUUGAUACUUUCUGCUCUAGCGUUAGGAGACGGACUGCUUCAACUACUUAUGUUGCAGCCAUCCGUUAUAAGACAAGAAUCUGAUCCACCAUCCCUAAAAUCUUUGGUGUCAGAUCCUUACAUCAUUAUAGCGGCAGGCGCGAUUACCUUUGCCAACAUGGGUAUAGCAAUGUUGGAACCUUCUCUGCCCAUUUGGAUGAUGGAUACCAUGGGAGCAGGAAGAUGGAAGCAAGGAGUGACUUUCCUUCCAGCAAGCAUAUCAUACUUAAUAGGAACUAACUUGUUUGGUCCGUUGGGACACAAGAUGGGCAGGUGGUUGGCUGCACUACUAGGGUUGAUCGUGAUAGGUAUAUGUUUGAUGCUCAUACCUUUGGCUACAAAUAUUAACCAUCUGAUCGUCCCGAACGCAGGGCUGGGUUUCGCCAUUGGCAUGGUCGACAGCUCCAUGAUGCCUGAGUUAGGGUAUUUAGUAGAUAUCAGACAUUCAGCUGUAUACGGUAGCGUCUACGCUAUUGGAGACGUGGCGUUUUGUCUUGGGUUCGCCGUUGGUCCUGCCAUGAGCGGUACCUUAGUGAAGAACAUUGGCUUUGAAUGGAUGUUGUUUGGUAUCGCCAUUUUAAAUUUCUUGUAUGCUCCACUCUUGUAUUGCCUGAAGAGUCCUCCGACAAAGGAAGAGAAACGGUCGCUAUUGAUGGAAGAAAAAUCAUCAGUAAGAUACGUCACAUACCAGAAUGAAGAAGAAGACGAAUAG